AUGGAAGAGAUUGGAAUUAUCGUUCCCGAAAAGCUGGAAAGCGAUCACUCUCCUGAAAACAAAAAGGAGCCCACUUUUGAAACGCAACAGAACGAAGAAAUUGAUGAUCUGUACAUCAAGUACAAGAAACUUCAAAAGCAACUUGAAUUCUUGCAGGUUCAGGAAGAGUACAUCAAGGAUGAGCAGAAGAACCUGAAGAAGGAGUACCUGCAUGCUCAGGAAGAGGUGAAGCGAAUUCAGAGUGUGCCUCUCGUGAUAGGUCAGUUUUUGGAAGCCGUUGACGCCAAUACCGGCAUCGUGGGCUCCACCACCGGUUCCAACUACUACGUUCGCAUUCUGAGCACCAUUGAUCGUGAACUACUGAAACCUAGCUCAUCGGUUGCUCUCCACAAGCACAGCAAUGCGCUGGUUGACGUUUUGCCACCUGAAGCGGACAGCAGCAUUGCCAUGUUGCGACCUGAUGAGAAGCCAGAUGUCGGAUACUCUGACAUUGGCGGUUUGGACAUUCAGAAGCAGGAGAUUCGUGAAGCCGUCGAGCUGCCACUUACCCACUUUGAACUUUACAAGCAAAUUGGCAUUGACCCCCCGCGAGGUGUGCUCAUGUACGGUCCGCCCGGAUGCGGCAAAACUAUGCUUGCCAAGGCGGUCGCCCAUCACACAACCGCUUCCUUCAUUCGUGUCGUCGGUUCCGAGUUUGUGCAGAAGUACCUUGGUGAAGGGCCUCGCAUGGUUCGAGAUGUGUUUCGCCUUGCCCGAGAGAACGCCCCUGCCAUCAUCUUCAUUGACGAGAUUGACGCCAUUGCCACGAAGCGUUUCGAUGCUCAAACCGGCGCUGACCGCGAAGUGCAGCGUAUCCUCCUGGAGCUGCUCAACCAAAUGGACGGCUUCGAUCAAACCACCAAUGUGAAAGUGGUCAUGGCCACCAAUCGAGCUGACACUCUUGACCCUGCUCUCCUUCGUCCGGGUCGCCUCGACCGCAAAAUUGAAUUUCCCCUGCCCGAUCGACGGCAGAAGCGUCUUGUCUUCUCGACGAUCACCUCAAAGAUGAACCUCAGUGACGAAGUUGAUCUGGAAGACUACGUUGCUCGCCCUGACAAAAUCUCCGGCGCCGACAUUAAUGCAAUCUGCCAGGAGGCUGGCAUGCACGCCGUUCGUGAGAAUCGCUAUGUAGUUCUGCCGAAGGACUUUGAGAAGGGCUACAAGAACAACAUCAAGAAGGACGAGUCGGAGCACGAGUUCUACAAGUAA